AUGGUUGUCCGACGAGAGGUCGGACUCGCCUGUCCGAGCAGAUCGUUCCGCCCAUCAACAGCUCGGACAAGCCAGUUCGACGACUCGUCGGACGGCUAUGUCCGAGAACUGCUCGGGCAGGCCGGUCCGAUGACUUGUUGGACCGGCAUGUCCGAGCAGUUCGCUGAGGCAGUGUCCUCAGGCAGGCCGGCAUGA